CAACAAGUAGCCAGCCAGCCAGCCACCAGCCGAGGCCAGAGAGAGAGGAAAGGAGGGAGAGGGAAGCGAGCACAAGAGGCCACCGCAGCGGGCAGGCGGCGAGCAAGACGCCUCCACACGUCUCUCCCCCUUCCCCUUCUUCCUCCUCCCGUCCCUGUAGCGGCGCCCAGCCCAGCCAAACCCCGUGGAAUCCUCGCCCGAUGCGGCCCGGGUAGGGGUCGGGGGGCGGAGCGGAAUGGCGGGGGGAGGCGAGAAGCGGCGCCGGGUGGGAGGUGGUGGGGGCCACGAGGAGGAGGAGGAGGUGGUGGACCGCAUCUCGGAGCUGCCGGACGCGCUGCGGCUGCAGAUUCUGAGCCUGCUGCCGCUCAAAUCGGCCAUCCGCACCGGCGCGCUCUCCUCGCGGUGGCGGGGCCUCUGGGAGCAGCGCUGGCCGGAGCCAUCCUCGCUGCGCAUCCGCCUCCCGCCCGGCGCGGCGGGGGCGGCGGCGCGGGUGGAGCAGUUCGGGGUCAUCGACCGCCGCGGGAGGCGCCGGAUGGACUGCUUCGCGCUCGCCUUCCACGGGGGCCAGCUCACGCAGCCGGACCUCAGGCGCUGCCUCGACUACGCGGCCGCGUGCGAGGUCGAGGACCUGCACCUCCGCCUCGACGGCGCCGCGGGGAGGGGGUCGCGCGGGGGCGGCGGCGGGGCCACCCGCGGCCGGGGCAUGCUCACCGCGCACUUCCCCGUGGGGAGCCGCCUGCUCGCGCGCCUCUCCGUGCGGGGGCUCAACCUCACGGCGGCCGCCAACGCGAUGGUCGCCACGCUCGAGGUGAUCCACCUCCACUCCGUCUUCCUCACCGACGCUGCGCUGCGCCGGGUCGCCGCCGCUUGCCCCCGCCUACGGGAGCUCGAUCUCCGCUACUGCCGCCGCCUCCGACGUGUCGACUUCAGCGCCGUGGGGGUGCCCAACCUCAGGAGCUUCACCAUCGUCGACUGCUCCCGCACCACCGAGCUGCGAGUCCCAGUGGCGCCACGCCUCCGGUCCUUCCGCUUCAGCGGCGCCUUCCUCUCCAGCAACAUCCUUUCUGGUGCUUCAGGGUCACUUGAGCAUCUCUACCUCUGCUCCGGCGGGCCAGAGACCGGCUUGCCGCCCACCAACUUGCCCACCUCAGUUUCUCGCCUAUCGAACCUCAGCGUCCUCACCCUCUGCAGCAUUGCGCUCCAGUACAUCUCUGCUUCCACAGCCAAGACCGUAGUGGAGUGCAAUCUGCACAGCUUGAGAGAGCUCCAUUUCCUCAUGUUCGGCAUGGCCAACUCCAACCUUGCUGACAUCUAUAGCUUCCUCAAGACUUGUUCAUGUCCUCAGCUGGAGCGGCUCUUUGUGCAGCUCCCGACGAACAUUCAUGAUUCAUUCACGGAGAAUUUCUUGGCGGUGGCAGAGGAAGAGCCACCAAAAGGUGGAUUAGAAAACCUUUGUUUAGCCAAGAUGACAAAUUUCAAGGGGCACCGUAAUGAGAUGCAACUAGUAGAAUUUCUUCUUAGAAAGUCUAGUUGUCUGAAGAAACUAAUUCUGACUGCUCCUAUGGAGGAUCACCCACAAGGACUCCGCAAGAUUCAGUCAGAUGUGCUGCCCAGUUUUCUUAAAACAGAAAUAUUACAUCUGGAAAGAGCUUCAGCAAACAGCCAGAUAAGUUUCAGUGAGCCUGAUGGUCCUCAGAUCCAACCAUUGCAUUCGGAGGUCUUUGUCAGGUUUUAGAUUUAUAUGAGCAGAAUAUUGUUGUAGUCCAGUUUCUGCUCAUAAAUUUUUAGAUUUCUAGCUGUUAGAUACCAGACAUGGGGAAAAGAAAUGUGCAAGGCAUACAGAGUUUGAUAUAUGUUUUUUACAAUUCAUGUUACUGAAAUAUUCUGGCAUAGUGGUUGAGAUGCAAGGUAAUCUGAUCUGCCACAUUUUCCUAUUCUGCCAUCCCCAGCCUCUCCUUCCCAGCUUGUGUGAAUGCCCAAAGAAUUAUCAGGCAUCUCUUUGGUGUUAGCUUCUUAUAAGUUGCUGUUACACAACCAACCAUCUAUUGGAACAGAACCACCUUCAUUUUAUUUGGUGUGGAUUAGUUUUGUUGUACAUUAGAAUUGGUAAGUUAACUGUGUAUUCCAGAUUACUUAAAGAGUUAACUGGAGCUUGUGCAAUUCUCUUGGUUAAUCCUGAAAUAACAUUAUAUUAUUUUGUCUAGGUUUUUCCUAGAUACAGAAGGAAUCUGAUAAAUCAAAGUUCAUAUAAUUUGUCACCUGUUUUUAGUGGUUUCUGUAAAAUGAUGCAUCAGGGUAUCUUUGGAAAAUUUUUGUAGAUACGAUUAUGUUACCUUGGUAUUUAUGGACUCUGUAUCUGGAUGCUCCAUUUGUGUAAAAAUAUGGUUUAAGCCUAGAUAUGACUGCCAGUGCCAGCAUGGAACAUGUGUUUUAUCGUCAGAUAGAUAUGAUUGUAUGAACUUCUGUACACUAAACUUUCUUGCAGAUUGAAUCCAUGAUAUCUGUAAAUCCUGUAGGGGAACUGUUAUUUGUGGCCCUUGCAUCGUGGUAUUUAUCUUAUAUCUGUGAACUAUAUAGGUCUUCCCUGUUUGGCUAUCUAGCAUCUUGUUUAUAGCUGUUCCCAUGGAGUCCAAUAAGAAAGUGAAUGUAUAUUUGGAACCAUAUUUGAUUCUUUUUUCAUGACAAAGAGCGAACAUGUUUCCGUACUAUGUUGUUGGUUUGUUACCUUCAUGCCAAAAUAACAUGCUUGCCAUACAAUGACAACUAUUAUGAAAUUUAUACUUAUGUGAAGAUUACAUCCUGCUGGUACCUGAUGUAUGUGGAAUUAUUGGAUGAUUAUGUUUUUUCUUUUAAUGCAUCUUUAUAAAUGUAUGAAUGUAAUGUUUAUUGUUCUGAUAUUUUUAGUGUGAUUAUCUAUAACUAUCUUCGAAGUUGCUCUACUAUGGCUACUAUACUACAACCAAUCAAAAUUAUUACUGAUUUUGUGUGGAAGCAGAAUUGCAGAUGGGGGAAAUGAGCUUUACUCACUACUAGCAAUUAAGAUUUUUAAGGCUACUGGAUAUUUGAGAUGGUGCACUGGUCGCAAUUCUGCAACACUUCGAUUAAUAGGAAAUAGGUUAUCUUGCUAAUUUUUUAUGACCUAACUGACAGUGUGCUGUUGAUAGUAUUAGUUCAGCCUUAAAUAUUUUAUACUUGGCUGUCGAGGUGGCUGAAUUUAUAUUUGCUAAUUUUGGUUGUCUGGGGGACCUUAAGUGUUCUUGUUCGAUGUUUGGGCCAUUGAGUAGUGGUGGAGAUAAAUGGGGUGAAGUGUUGGGGUGCACUUAGCUAGCUUUGCAGUGAUAAAGCCACUAAGGAAUGUUGAGUGUAGCAAUUUCAUGCUGAUGGUUGGUAAUAUUUUUUUGCGUGUACGUUGGAUUUUGUGGGGGGGGGGGGGGGGGGUGACAUUGUGGAAAUUCAAUGGUGCUCCUUUUAUGAAGUGAAAGCCAUAUCACCUUAGUGCUUGGCACUUGUGCCUUAUCCUUUCAAACCAUGCAGAGCUGUAGAGCCACACAGCAUAGUGAAAUGAUAUGGAUAAUGUUGGUAAAGGCAUCCAAUAUCUUCGAACCUUCUUAUGCACUUGAAUGUUCGAAGCACUGAUAUUUAUGUGUAGCCUUUCAUAUCCCUCUUGAAUUUAGCAAUUCUUAAAGUUUGGGCUGCUCAGGAUUGUCAAGCUACUAGGAAUCACACUUGAUGUGAAAUUAUGGAGCUGGACUUUGGACUUAAUGAUUUAUGAAGCUGAGUGUUGCAAGACAAACAAUACAGAAUUUCUAUCUUUCUGUUGCAAACAACCUGAUGACCACUUGAGUACUUGACUAUUAAUAUGCAAUAUAUCGUUGCCUUCGAUUUUUA